CCACAUUCUUGGAUCCCAAUAACCAGUGGGAAAAGAAGUACUUUAAUUUGAGUUUGUGAUUGUCUUUACCACUUUGGCUCUCCAGAUGAAAUGGAAAGAGCUGUGAUAUCUGUGAUCAUCUUUGGAAUCUAUUCAGGUUUGACCAGUGGAAUUGGUGUGUUGCCUGACCUGCUGGAUGGGGAUGUAGGAAGUAAUUUCAUCUUCAACACAACACUGGGACCCACAGAAGAGCCAUUUUCAUCAGUGACCUGGUGGUUCAAUAGCAAACAAAUAAUUGCCUCCAGCUCUUCAAAUGUAACUGAUCCAGGGUAUACAGACAGGAUCACCCUCUUCAUCUCUACAGGAUCCCUAGAGCUCAGGAAUCUGGUUCUUGGUGAUAGUGGAGAAUAUGGAGUAACCAUUAUACCGCAAGAAGGAAAAGCAGUGUAUGGGAGAAGCAGACUGCAAGUAUACGUGCCAGUUUCCAACAUUGUGGUCACAAGCAGCGGCACAGACCUGGUGGAGUUCAGUGGCUCCGCCCAAUUCUCCUGCUCUUCCUCUGGUUCCUCCACCUUCUUCCGCUGGUAUAACGACACCUCUGAGAUUAAAACCAGUGACAGAGUGAAGCUCUCUGGUGGGGGCGCCACUCUCACGAUAACCAAUGUGACACGCUAUGACCAGAACGAAUACACGUGUUUGGUUGGCAAUCCGGUCAGUUUUGGAUUGAAGUCAGCAAACCUCUCUGUGAGCUAUGGCCCUGAACGCACCAAUUUAAAGCUAUCUCCAUCACAACAAUACUUUGAAGAGGAAUCAGACAUCAACCUGACCUGCUCAGCUGACUCCAGACCUGCCGCUUACUUUAACUGGUUCCUUAAUGAAGAACAGCUGUCCAGUAUUGGGUCUGAGCUCUCUCUGAUGAAUGUUAACAUGAAUCACAGUGGAAACUACAGCUGCCGGGCAUUUAACAACAAGACCCUGACAUCUCAAACAUCUCAGUCCUCAGUUAUAUCUGUGCUGGAGAGAAUAUCAGAUGUUUCAGUGACAUCAUCAACAAACGUGGCGAUCGAGGGGAACUUUGUCAACCUAACCUGUGAUGCUGCUGGCUCCGUGUUUGCCAGGAAGUGGAUGAAAGAUGGGUCUAAUAUGACUCUGGCCAGCAACAUAGAAUUUUAUGACAACAAUAAAGUGUUGUCCUUUCAACCUCUUACAAAAAAUGACGGUGGAGAGUAUUCUUGUUUGAUCAGCAACCCCGUGAGCAAUGUGGAAGCCAAGUACGUCAUGGUUGUUAACUAUGGACCGGAAAAUGUUCAAAUCCAAGGUCCAACAGAGGGACGUGUCCAUCAGACUGUCACAUUAACCUGCUCUGCUGAGUCCACUCCACUGGCUAGCUUCACCUGGAUUUGGAAUGGGACAGAGAUAUACAAUCUGCCAGAGUUAAUGAUAAACAACACUGAACUCUCUGACAGUGGAAACUACACCUGUCGGGCCGGAAACAGAAUAACUGGGAGAACAUCCUCUGCAGUACACAGAGUGAUUUUUGUAACAGAGGCGGAAGGUCUCUCAGCUGGUGCCAUCGCUGGAAUUGUAAUAGCAUGUGUAGUCGUUCUUGUGGGUUUGGCUGUUGCAGGAUUUUUUAUUUUUAAAAAGAGUCAGGGCCAAGGAAAGCCUGAGCGCAGGGAGCAACCCAGCAUGACCAUACAAAUGCAACAAGAAAAACAAGAAGAAAUUCAGGAUGACCCUGUGUAUGAGAACCUGUAUGACACUGUUAUCGAAAAUAGGAAUCGACUGAGUCAGAGAGAACAGAGAGACAGAUUCACCAUGGAGACAGAGAUGCUCAGAACUGCAGCUCUGAUUCUUUUAAUAUCAGGUGCAUGUGUUGGCGAGGGCAUCUUACCAGCUGGACCCCUGAGUGGAGCAGUGGGAGAUAAAGUGAUGUUCACUACCACCCUCACACCUCCAGAGAGUCCCUUCCUCUCCGUCAGCUGGAGCUUCAAAGGCAUAAACAUCAUCACCUCCACCAGCACCAACAUCACAGAGCCCGGACACGCCAACAGGAUCUCAUUAGACCGAGCCACAGGGUCACUGGAGCUCAGGAACCUGGUGCUAGAGGACAGCGGAGAGUACACAGUCACCAUCAUACCUGAUGGAGGGCUGCAGAAACAGGGCAGGAUCACACUCAAUGUGUACGUUUUGAUCUCUGGAGUCACCGUCCGCAGUCCAGCGGCCAUCUUGAUUGAAGACAGAACCUCCACCAACCUGACCUGUGAGGCCUCAGGCACCAUCGCCACCAGAGAGUGGAUGAAAGACGGCCGGCCACUCCUUCAGACCGACCGAGUCCGCAUCUCCAUCGACAACAGGACGGUGUUCAUACAACCCGUUCACAGCUCCAGCCACGGCACAUACCAGUGUCGAGUCAGCAACCCUGUCAGCACCAUGACUGCAGCUCACAACCUCACUGUUAACUUUGGACCUCAUAACGUCUCAAUAUCAGGACCGUCAGCAGCAGCCCCGGGCCACAGAGUGACUCUGCAGUGUACGGCAGCUUCUGUCCCUCCAGCAAACUUCAGCUGGACGGUCAACGGCAACGAGACUGAUGUUACAGACUCUGCAUUCGUCAUAGAGAGGCUGGAGGAAGACAGCAUCGGGAAUUACACUUGCACUGCCAGAAACAUGGUGACCAUGUUGGAAAACUCCACAGUUCUCUAUCUGAGAGCGUCCAGUGCUGCCCCCUGCUGGUCUUUUUCAGUGCUGCUGAUCAGCAUGCUGGCCCUGAGAUGGCUAAUGUGAGAAAAAGGCAGAUUCCAUCCACUUUAAAAGUUUGCUUUUGACCAAGUACUGUGAUUUAAAUCAAACAAAAUAUGCUCUUCUUGCAAAAUUAUUGUGACCCAAAAGACUUUGAUGUUUGACUUUAAAAUUACUUUUUUUUUUUUUUUUUUUUAAAGGAAAGAAAGUCACAGUGAAAACGAAAUGAAUGAAUGAACAUAAACCAUGUCUGUUAACCAUGCUGACUUUUGAAAAUUGAUCAGGGAAUGAUUAGAAAUAAAAACAUGAUGACAAGUUUUCUUAAUAAUUGCAUUUAUUUUUCUGUGAAUUAUA